AUUAUGUGAGGGAAUUUUUAGCCAUUGUUUCUAUUUUAGGUUAUGUUAGGAUGACGUUUUAAUGCACUGAUUUUGUAAUCACUUGGAUUUAAAGUAUAACAAGUUUUAAAUUGCGAAAAAAAAUCCAAAUUUUUUGUAAACAUAGUUGCAACUUCUCCUCUCCGAACAUGGUUCAAUGCAAGUGUUUGACUCUGUUUGUAUUUCUACUACUGUUAUCCUGUCCUGUUGUCUCACUACCAGUUGUCAGUCCACCAAGUGAAAAAAUUAGAAAUGUUAGUUUUAAUUACAGUCGCAACGAAUAUCUAAGAUGGGAAGAACAAGCCGCCCACUUAUUAAAUUACUCAUAUUCCAAAAUCGAAAAGAAGAAUACUACCACAGAUUCAAGUGGCUCGUAUUAUAAUAUAACUGAAGAAUCCAACAAUGCUGAUGUUGAGUUUGUGGCACAAGGUGGACGUGGUCCCAGAUGGACUAUAGGUUCAGGAGUUUAUCUACAUAAAGAGGUAGAUUAUGGAGACUGCUCUGAUGAUGAUUGGUCUGAUUGGGGCCGUGGUGGCUGGGGUCGCCGUGGUGGUCGAGGUCGUGGUGGUUGGGGUCGUGGUGGUUGGGGUCGUGGUGGUUGGUCCGAUGAUUGGUCAGAUGAUUGGUCCGAUUGGUCAGAUAGUGAUUGGGAUGGCAGAAAGUUUUGGUUUUUGAAGGUUAGAGACAAUGACCAGUCUCUGGGAGAUAUUGCUUCUACUGCCAAUGAGGAACCAGUUAGCGAAUCAUUGGGAAAUAAGUCUAAUGAAGUAAUGGUUGGAAACAACACAAAACAAAAGUGAGAUCUGUGUUCUUGACAACUACAGAAAUCAUUACAGGUUUUUACACAUGGUUUGUUUUGACAAUUAUUGGACGUUUGAAGGCAGUUUUUUGUUCUUAUGGCGAUAUUCUCUUUAUAUAUGGAUGUACAAUAUUAUAUAUUUAACUAGUUUAGAAGUAAUCCAAUGUUUGUUCUCUGUGGCGGUGCUAUGCAUGGGUUGGCAAAUCGUCAGAUUCUAAAAUGAUCCGAUCUUAGUGGUUCACACUAUGUUAGUAAUAUCUGACUGCUUGUAUGUAUGUGUUUCCUUUGUAAAUGUUGUUUUUAUGUUCAAAUCUUGGACAUGUGUGAGUAUCCUGUGAGUUUAACACUGACUUGAGCAGUCUACAUAACGUUUUCUUGGCUGUUACCUUCAGCUCCGGGUGCAAUCCCACAUAUCAACAAUAAUGUC